ACUGUAAAGUCCGCAAACUGCUGACGUCAUACCGGAUGCAUCACCCCCGUUCAUCUGUAAUGAGAUUGUACAUCCCACGCAAGUGUGGAGGACGUGGCUUCUUAAACGCCAAGAACCUCCAUAAUCGUGAGGUGUGCAAUCUCAGAGAUCAUUUUCUCAAGAUGAAUGUGAGUAUGUUUCAGGAUGUCGUUGCAGUGGAUAAGGGACUUACCCCGCUAUCCCUAGGCAAAGAGAACUGGCGCAAGCCUAUAGUAAUUAGUAACUCAGAUCGUGUGGCAAUAUGGAAGAGCAAGGAGUUGCAUGGACGAUUCUACAAGGCCCUUACUGGGCCGGAUGUAGAUCAAAUAACAUCUGUAUCUUGGUUGCAAUUCGGUGACCUCUUUGGGGAAACCGAGGGUUUUGUCUGUGCAAUUAUGGACGAAGUUAUAAAGACGAGAAACUACCGGAAACACAUUAUGAAAGAUGGCACUCUAGACAUCUGUCGAGCGUGUCAUCGUCCUGGGGAGUCCCUCAGGCAUAUUGUGCCCGGGUGUUCUCACCUUGCUAACGGCGAAUACUUGCACAGACAUAAUCAAGUAGCCAAGAUAAUCCACCAACAGCUUGCUCUUCAAUAUGACCUUAUCGAUUUUGAGAUGCCUUACUAUAGGUACGACCCAGCGUCAGUUCUUGAAAAUAGCAGUGCAUUGCUCUACUGGGACCGAACGAUUAUCACUGACAGGUAUAUUGUAGCCAAUAGACCUGAUAUAGUGCUAGUCGAUCGGUCAGUGCGUCGUGCAAUAAUUGUUGAUAUUACAGUUCCACAUGACGAUAAUCUGGUUAAAGCCGAAAAGGAAAAAGUAUCAAAAUACUUGGACCUUGCUCACGAGAUUACCGCCAUGUGGAAUGUUGAGUCAACUAUUAUUGUUCCGAUAGUUGUUUCAGUCAAUGGUCUUAUAGCGAAAAGCUUCGACCAACACCUUAAGAAGCUUUCGCUUAACUGUUGGAUCAAGAGUCGGAUACAAAAGGUUCCUCACUCUGGAGCCCUGACCACCGGUUGCUUGGGCACUCAAAUGUCCCGCAGCGGGAGGGUGAAUUUUUUUUAUAAAUUUUUAAUAAUGUUUUGUAUUUUAUACUUAUAUUGUUAAAAAUUUUAAAAAAAAGAAGUAAUAAAUAAA